UUUAACCAGGACUUUGAAAAAUCUCGAAGUACGGGGUGACCUUUAGGACAGUUGAUUAAACCAUACAAUAACGUGUGUGUGAGAACAAUUGGCAGGGGCGUCAAAGUUAUCCGAUCAAAAUGGACAAAGACAAGGAACAACUCACUUCUACCGGCAGCCAGGGAAGCACAAGCUCCCGCAGCUCACAGCAAGGCGCACCAAACCCGUACAAAAAGGAUUUGCACACAUACUCGCGUCCAGUUGGACAUGAGCGGAAUACUCGAGCGAUUAAGGCAUUCGAGAAGAAGGAAUCGCGGGGCUCUGAUAGCACUUAUCAGAAGGCGCUCGAAGCGGUCGCAAAUCAGGAAAGCUCCAGUGACGACCAGAAGCACACUCCCGCGUCUGCGGCGGGAAGUGAACCGAUGAACCAGACAAAGGUCACCGGGGAGGAUGGAACCACAGAAAAGACAGCGGAAGCAGUGGGAGCACCCCAAUUGGAUGCUACCAUCAGCGGAAUCAAUGAGCAGGAUAAAAAUGCGAACCCGGCUCAGAUGGAAGUUGAAAAGACAAAGGUCACCGAAGAGGAACUUGCUGAACUGGGAUUGGAUGACCUUUCGCUAAAUGAUAAAACCGCAGGCGAUGACCUUUGAGCAACUCCAAUGGUUUCAGAUGAUUCGAAUGAAUCGUACUUCACAGAUGGUGAAACGACGAUGAAUAUGUCCUUCCAAUCUGCGAUGAGACAAGCCGACCGUGCUGAAGGGAUGACACCUUUCAAAGAAAUACCCGAACAUCUCAUUGAACGGACACAGACUGGAAAGGUCAUAAACGUACGACCGCCGUCACCGAAUAGUCCCACAGCGGCUCUGAAGAUCCGCUUCAAGGAUCUGGAGACUGAACUUGACGCCAAGGAACGUCAGGCGAUUAAGAAGAAACAGGAAUAUCAUGACAGAUUGACGACACUUGA